AUGAAAUACAAGUAUAAUCUGUCCUUAAAGGAGUUACAUUCCAGCUUGAAGUGUCGAACAAGAGAAUAUCUUUUGGAGAACACUUUACAUGGUGUUCCAUAUUUCGUGGAUCCUACGCGACCUAAAUGGGAGAGAUUAAUAUGGUUUUUUUUGACAUUCGCAUCGAUACUUGCAAUCGCGGCUAUAAUCGCGAUCAUCUUAGGUAAAUUCGAAACAGACCCAACUAUAACCGGAUUAGAUAUAAUGACGGAACAUAUCAAUAUCGAAUUUCCUCAAGUCUUCAUUUGCUUCGAUUGGUUUCACUUGAAUCAUUCAGAUGUACCUGAGAUCACAUUUCGUGUACAGAAUGAAAUGUAUAUAUACGAAGAAUUAUAUAACUGGACUUUUGGAAAAACUAUCGAUUCACAAUCAUUCCCAGCUAUUUACAAAAACAGGAAUGAUUUUCGUAGAACUUUUGAAACGAUGGGACCCGAUUGUGACUCUUUAAUCAGUAACUGUGUAUACAGAGGAAUAAAUAAAUCAUGUAAUGCACUAUUUACAAAAGUGUCUACUGCCGUAGGCAUUUGCUGCAAAACUAGAAAUUUAGAGCCACUUAGAAUUAUAGAUCCUUCAUGGAGUCUCGAAUUUGAGAUCUUCGGUACAAAUUUUCCCCUAAGGGUUUAUUAUACGGAACAAAAUGUUAGAAGUCCAAAACCAGAUGAAAGACCGGUAGUAAAAGCCUAUUUUCCCAUAGAUGUUCAAUUUAUUGUUCAUAUAACAUACACAACUCCUGACAUUCGUUAUCUGUCUCUUGGACAACGAAAAUGUUACUCCAAACAAGAUAUAAAUCUUGUAAAUUCUAACGAUUGUGAAAUCAAUUGUUUCAUCGACAAGCUAUUUAAAGAGUGCAAAUGUUUACCGUGGUUUUUAUCGUUUAAUCGGAAAGCAGAAUGUCCGCCUUCGAAAUAUUCCUGUUUAUAUCACGUUAAUACGGACGUGACACAAUGUGAUUGUUGGCUAUCUUGCGAUCAUGCAUCAUAUAAUGUAAUGCAGAUACAGUCUUCUAAAAGUACGAAUCGAAUCACAUUGAGAAACUGGCCAACAGCUCUCUAUAGAAGAGAAAUGCGAUUUGGUUAUUUAGAUUUACUUGUGUCAUUCGGUGGUAUUGCAGGUCUCUUUCUGGGAUAUUCUUUAAUUGUGUCUAUUGAAAUUGGAUAUUAUUUUACUCUCAGAACUUACUGCGGAGCUGUAGUUCAAUCAUCUCGAGAACAGCACCGUAUCGUGACUAUUCACGUUGUGGAAAAAGUUCCGCGAAAGGUAGAUGUCAAUCAAAUAUAUUAUCCAUAUGUCGAUUAA